GACGUCCCGCACCGGCACUCACUACCGCAGCUACCCACCCACCCUUUACCUUAACUCACAUUUCUCCCUUGUGAUCAACAACAACAAACAAAUCCGCCCGACGUUCCCAGCAUCUCAUUCGCCCGCCGCGAGAUGUAAGCUUGGAACUGGACGGUGCUCUGCGGCAAAUAACGAGAAUCAACUCAAUUGCUCGGCGAAAUACCACGGCGCUCGACCUCUUCGCCAUGGCGAUUCUCUCCCGAUACCUGCCCUUCUCCGAGGCAACUACAACGCUGCAAGCAGUGACAUACCUCCUCGGCAUAUCUCUCUUCUCCAUUUCUUUCCUCGUCUUCCUCAACAGCAGCAUAUCCUUCGUGAUUACCGACCUCAUUGGCGUCAAGGAUGGCGUCGGCGACAUUGUCGGCACUCUCGGCUUCGUAGACGAGCUCGUUGCGCUCGUCGCAUGUCCGGUCUGGGGUUUGGUCUCGGAUCGGCUCGGUGUGAGAUGGGUGGCCGUCAUCGGGUAUGCCGUCAUCGGCGCAGCAUUGCUUCUUUUCGUUCAGGCGAAGAAUGUCUACCCGCAGCUGCUCCUGGCGCGCAUUUUCUUCGCCGUUGGCGCCACAGCGUCUGCCACCAUGGUAACGGCUAUUCUGCCUUCAUUGACGGACGAUGGUGACAAGUCCGACAGCUCCGCAGACGGUGCGAACAAACCGACGCAUAAUCCCCGCAACAGUAUGGCCAUGUCCCUCGAGUCCGACAUGACCAUCACUCCGGCGCGCUUCCAUGGUUUCAGCGGAGACGGACAAACCGCGACAGCGAGUGAGAGAGAGGAGGCACAGGCUGGAAGGCCUUCGUCAUUGGCGGGCUAUGUUGGGCUAUUCACAGGAUGCGGCGCGCUGGUUGCGCUUUCCCUGUUCCUCCCGCUCCCUGCACGAUUCGGGGAGGUUGACGGCAUCACGCCUGCUACAGCCGUCGCCGACAGCUUCUAUGUGGUGGGCAUUGUGGCGUUUGUGGUCUCAAUUUUUGUUUUCUUUGGGUUGAGAAACCUCAAGGGCGAGGAAGGCAAGGGUUGGAGUGUACUAUUGGGUCUAAAGACGAAUUCGGACUCGGAAGACGAAUCUGACGACGACGGGUCAGACCACCCAACGCGGCCGAAGGUGCUUCCAUACUUCCGCCUCCUGCGCGACUCUGUGACUCUCGGUUUCACGGAUUCCCAGAUCGCUCUGGGAUACCUGGGCGGAUUUGUGGCCCGCGCAUCCACUGUUGCCAUUUCGCUAUUCAUACCCCUUUACAUCAAUACGUACUACAUCAGCAACGGCUUCUGCCAGGGCUCUCCGCAUGACCCCUCUCCAGAGCUGAAGAAGGAAUGCCGAGCUGCCUAUCUCCUUUCGUCAAUCCUGACUGGCGUGGCUCAGCUGUUCGGCCUCUUCGCCGCGCCGGCGUUCGGGUACUUUAACAGAAGACGCGGGCGCGUCAACUACCCCAUCCUCCUCGCCACGGCUUUCGGUAUUGUCGGCUACAUUGCCCUGCCACAGUUGCAGAGCCCGGAGUACAAGAACGUCGACGGGCGAGGCGGCAGCCCCGCCAUUUUCCUAAUUGUGAUCCUCAUCGGCAUCAGCCAGAUUGGUGCCAUUGUCUGCAGUCUCGGCUUCCUCGGCCGUGGCGUUCUGACUGCAGAUAUCCCCAAGUCGCAGGUCAUCGACACGGUCGAAGACUCGGCAGAGGCCAUGGAGACUUCCCCAGAGUCUGCACCUCUCUUACAACACAAUGCCAGCGUGGAUGCCGUCUCGCGAGUGCGGCUCAAGGGCUCCAUCGCCGGCAUGUACUCCUGGUUUGGAGGAGCAGCUAUCUUGCUUCUUACCAAACUAGGUGGCUACUUGUUUGACGCGGUGUCCAACGGUGCCCCGUUUUACAUGAUGGCUUCCUUUAAUGCCAUCCUCUUUUUUGCCAGUUUGGGCAUUGAUGCUGCUCGUUUUUACAGGGACAAGCAGUGAUGGUAUGACUUACGAAAUACACGUAUUAUUACCUUGAUGUAUCAUUAUUAUAUCUGUGAAUUGUCUAUUUAUCUAAGAAACAUACCUUUGC